GCGAGCCAAUCACGCUUAGUCUCAAAGGUACUAUCCAACGUCUAGUAUGGGGGAGGGGGGGAAGAGCUGAAGAAGAAAGGUGAAUCAUAUUUAAUAUGGGCGGAAGUGACUCUAGGGUUUCCGGUUAGAGCCGGUAAAGUGGGCGGUCACUAGAAUAAUCUCGCCUGCAUAUUGGGCGGUUAAACGGAGGUUGACCAGCGACCGCUCAGUAUCUACUACACCAGUGCGUUUUCUUCCUCGUUUCUUUACCCGGAAGUGGUCAGCGGAGGGUUGCUAGGCAACAGCCCCUCGGUUACUUGGCGUUAGGGUCGCUGCCUGAGUUGGGGCAGAAGAAAAGCGCCACGUGUGUCCCGCUUCUUCCGAGAAGGGGUCCCGUUUGCUGACAGCCCUGAAGUGGAAGAAGGUGACUUGUACAAGUAAACUUUAUUUCAGGAUUGCCAGCGAGAAUUAAUAUUUGGAUUAUUUCAAGAUGAGCUUCCUAUUGCCCAAGCUGAUCAGCAAAAAAGAAGUAGACCAGGCAAUAAAAAGUACUGCAGAGAAAGUAUUGGUUCUCAGGUUUGGGAGAGACGAGGAUCCUGUCUGUCUGCAGCUAGAUGAUAUUCUUUCCAAGACCUCGUCUCACCUGAGUAAAAUGGCUGCUAUAUACCUGGUAGAUGUGGACGAGACUCCAGUUUAUACCCAAUAUUUUGACAUCAGUUAUAUUCCAUCUACUGUAUUUUUCUUCAAUGGGCAGCAUAUGAAAGUGGAUUAUGGGCUUCUCCCGUAUCUGGCCCAUCAUGCAGAUGGCAAUUGUAUGCAAAAAACCGGAGAAAGCGGGAGGUCAAAGCCAGAGACUCACCUCAUCUUUGGUCCGUCUGCCUCUGGAAGAACAGGGCUGUGAAGGGCACCUGCUGGUCCUUUUAUGCCUCCCACAUCUCACCCACCCCUUCACGAUUUCCUAAUUCCUCUGUCCACACAACACUGGCCUUGUGAAGGUCACUGAUAUUUUCCAGUAACAAAACCACAAACAUCAUCCCUGUCAAGAGUUGAGCUCUUGCUUCACACUUGGAUUUCCCCCAGUGUUCUUUUACAAACCCUGAAGAGACCCUCCAACGUUGUACCCCCAUGUAGCUGGAAAAGUAUUUCCCGAAAUCAGCAACUAGGCUGACUAGGGGAAGAACCGUCAAUUAAUGUCUCUCUGUUUUUGAGAGUUUUCAAGACUAGAAAAAGACCCUCCUUGGGUCAUUUCAAACCCUUUAGACACUCCUCCAACCUUACGUAGGAGGACCUCUUAAGAAAGCAUUUCCUUUUCACAAUCAUUACCUGUAUGUUAACAUCACCCUGUUCCUUUAAUCUUUCCAACCUGAAGCCAGUAAAAGGUGUUUAUUAUGUUUUUUUCUGAAUGCUUUUUGCAAGAAAUCACACAAAAUGAUUCAAGCUAUGGUGUAGAUUGAUGCAUGCAUGCUCAAUGGCAGUGGCUCUCAUGAUUUUGUAGUCUAGUAACUAGUUCAGAUAGGCAGACGUUUCAGUCAAGUAUCUGCACCUGUGUAUCCCAGGUAUUAUUUAAUAGCAACUCAAUAAAAGAUCACUUUAACCAUUUUUUAAUAGUCAUUAAAGGUCAGUGAUUCUUAGAGUGUACAAAGAACGUAUCUGGGGAUACUCAGUGGCACUGAUAAAACAGCAAAAUAACUGAAAACAACACAAAUGUCAGUAGGAAAAUGAGUAAUUUGUGAUCUAUUCAUAUAAUGGAACAUACACAGUGAAAAUGAAUGAACUGUGCAAGAACAGCCUGUAUGUAUGUGUGGUAAAAAUAACACAACAUCUGUCAAUUCAACAUUUUUUGACGUGUAAUUAUAAUUCAGUGUCACCAGUCACAUCAGUCACGUGCAGCCAUCACCAGAAUCUGUUGCCAAAUUUUCCAUCACCAUUAACAGAUACUCAGUGCUUCCUAAACAGUAACUCUCCCCUUUCCCCCUCCUUGCCACCCCUAACCACUGAUAAACUUUGAUCUCUAUACAUUUGCCUAUUCCAGAUAUCUCAGGGAAUCACUGUUGUUAGGUGCUGUCAAGUUGGUUCUGACUCAUAGCAACCCUGUGUACAACAGAACAAAACACUGCCUGGUCCUGCCCCAUCCUCACAAUCAUUGCGCUUAAGCCCAUUGCAGCCACCGUCAAUCCAUCUCACUGAGGGUCUUCAUUUUUUUUUGCUGACCCUCCACUUUACCAAGCAUGAUGUCCCUCUCCAGGGACUGAUCCCUCCUGACAACAUGCCCAAAGCAUGUGAGAAGUAGUCUUCCCAUCCUUGCUUCCAAGGAGCAUUCGGAUUGUACUUCUUCCAAGACAGACUUGUUCAUUCUUUUGACAAUCCAUGGUAUAUUCAAUAUUCUCCAACACCACAAUUCAAAGGUGUCAAUUCUUCAGUCUUCCUUAUUCAUUGUCCAACUUUCACAUGUCUGGGAGGUGAUUGAAAACACCAUGGCUUGGGUCAGGCACACACUAGACCUUCAAGGUAACAUCUUUGCCUUUCAACACUGUAAAGAGGUCUCUUGCAGCAGAUUUGCCCAAUGCAAUCCGUCUUUUGACAUCUCGACUGCUGCUUUCGUGGGUGUUGAUUGUGGAUCCAAGUAAAAUGAAAUCUUUGACAACUUCAAUCUUUUCUCCAUUUAUUCUGAUGUUGCUCAUUGGUCCAGUUGUGAGGAUUUUUGUUUUCUUUCUGUUGAGGUAUAAUCCAUACUGAAGGCUGUGGUCUUUAAUCUUCCUCAGUAAGUGCUUCAAGUCCUCUUCAUUGUCAGCAAGUAGGAAUGUGUAAUCUGCAUAACACAGGUUGUUAAUGAAUCUUCCUCCAAUCCUAAUGCCCCAUUCUUCUUCAUAUAUUCCAUCUUCUUGGAUUAUUUGCUCAGCAUACAGAUUGAAUAGGUAUGGUGAAAGGAUACAACUCUGACGCACACCUUUCCUGGCUUUAAACCUUGUAGUAUCCCCUUGUUCUGUUCGAAUGACUGCCUCUUGAUCCCUGUACAGGUUCCUCAUGUGCACAAUUAAGUGUUCUGGAAUUCCCAUACUUCGCAAUGUUAUCCAUAAUUUGCAUAGUCAGUAAAACACAAGUAAACAUCUUUCUGGUAUUCUCUGCUUUCACCCGGGAUCCAUCUAACGUCAGCAGUGAUAUGCCUGGUUCCACAUCAUCUUUUGAAUUUGGCUUGUAUUUCUGGCAGUUCCCUGUCGAUAUAAUGCUGCAGCGACUUUUGAGUGAUCUUCAGCAGGAUUUUACUUACAUGUGAUAUUAAUGAUAUUGUUUGAUAAUUUCUGCAUUUGCUGGGUUGCCUUUCUUGGAAAUAAGCAUAGAUAUAGAUCUCUUCCAGUUGGUUGGCCAGGUAGCUGUCUUGCAAAUUUCUUGGCAUAGACGAGUGAGUACUUCCAGCACUGCAUCCCUUUGUUGAAACAUCUUAAUUGGUGUUCCGUCAAUUCCUGGAGCCUUGUUUUUCACCAGUGCCUUCAGUGCAGCUUGGACUUCUUCCUUCAGUACCAUUGGUUCCUGCUCAUAUGGUACCUUCUGAAAUGGUUGAACAUUGACCGAUUCUUUUUAAUAUAGUGACUCUGUAUUCCCUCCAUCUUCUUUUGAUGCUUCCUGAGUCAUUUAAUAUUUUCCUCAUAGAAUCCUUCAGUAUUGCAACUCGAGGCUUGAAUUUUUUCUUCAGUUCUUUCAGUUCAAGAAAUGCAGAGUGCAUACUUCCCUUUUGGUUUUCCAUAUCCAGGUCUUUGCACAUGUCAUUAUAAUACUUUGUCUUCUCGAGCCUCCCUUUGAAAUCUUCUGCUGAGCUCAUUUACGUCUUCCUUUCACUUUAGCUACUCCACAUUCAAGAGCAAGUUUCAGAGUCUUUUCUGACAUCUAUUUUGGUCUUUUCUUUCUUUCCUGUUUUUUUAAUGACCUCUUGCUUUCUUCAUGUAUGAUGUCCUUGAUGUCAUUCCACAACUCUUUGGUGUUCAACGCAUCAAAUCUGUUCUUGAGAUGGUCUCUAAAUUUACGUGGGAUCUACUCAAGGUCAUACUUUGGCUCUCGUCGACUUGUUCUAAUUUUGGUCAGUUCCAACUUGAACUUGCAUAUGAGCAAUCGAUGGUCUGUUCCACAGUCAGCACCCGGCCUUGUUCUGACUGAUGAUAUUGAGCUUUUCCAUUGUCUCUUCCCACAGGUAUAGCCAAUUUGAUUCCUGUGUAUUCCAUCUGGCGAAGUCCAUGUUUAGUCACCAUUUAUGUUGGUGAAAAAAGGUAUUUACAAUGAAGAAGUCAUUGGUCUUGUAAAAUUCUAUCAUGCAAUCUUCAGCAUUGUUUCUAUCACCAAGGCCAUAUUUUCCAACUUCCAAUCCUUCUUCUUUGUUUCCAACUUUCACAUUCCAAUCUCCAGUAAUGAUCAAUGCACAGACUGCAGAAGCUGGUAAAAUUCUUCAAUUUCUUCAUCUUUGGCCUUAGUGGUUGGUGUGUAAAUUUGAAUGCUAGUUGUAUUAACUGGUCUUUCUUGUAGGCGUAUGGAUAUUAUCCUAUCACUGACAGCGUUGCACUUCAGGAUAGAUCUUGCAAUGUUCUUAUUGAUGAUGAAUGCAAUGCCAUUCCUCUUCAAGUUGCUGUUCCCUGCAGAGUAAACCAUAUGAUUGUUCAAUUCAAAAUGGCCAAUACCAACAUAUUUCAGCUCACUAAUGCCUAGGAUAUCAGUGUUUAUGCAUUCCAUUCCAUUUUUGACAACUUCCAUUUUUUCUAGAUUUAUACUCCGUACAUUCCACGUUCUGAUCAUUAAUAGAUGUUUGCAGCUGUUUCUUCUCAUUUUGAGUCGUGCCACAGCAGCAAAUGAAGGUCCCAAAAGCUUGACUCCAUCCACAUCAUUAAGGUCGACUCUGCUUUGAGGAGGCGGCUCUUCCCCAGUCAUCUUUUGAGUGCCUUCCGUCCUGGGGGGCUCAUCUUCAAGCACUAUAUCAAACAGUGUUCUGCUGCUAUUCAUAAGGUUUUCACUGGCUAAAUCCUUUCAGAAGUAGACCAUCGGGUCCUUCUUCCUAGUCUGUCUUAAUCUGGAAGCUAGAAAUCUCUAGGUGGUACAAAUGGUUAAUACACUUGAUAGUUUGAGCCCACGCAGAGGUACCUCGGAAGAAAGGCCUAAUGAUUACUUCUGAAAAAUCAGCCAUUGAAAACUACAGAGCACAAUUCUACACUGACACACACGGGGUCGCCAUGAGUUGGAAUUGACUUGACAGCAACUGGUACUGGUAAGAUAUUUCAUAUGAAUGGAAUCAUACAAUAUUUGUCCUUUAUGACUGACUUAUUUCACUUACCAUAAUGUUUUCAAGGUUCAUCCAUGUUGUAGCAUGUAUCAGGACUUAAUUUCUCUUUAUAGCUGUGUAAUACUCCAUUGUAUAUAUAUACUGCAUUUUGUUUAUCCAUUCAUCAGUAGUGGACAUUUAGAUUGUCUCCACCUUUUGGCUAUUGUGAAUAGUGCUUCAAUGAACAUUGGUGUAUAUUUGUCUGAGUUGCUGUUUCAAGUCUCUUGGGUAUAUACCUAGGAGUGGAAUUGCUGGAUUAUAUGGUAGCUCUUUUUUUAUGGUAGCUCUUUGUUUAACUUUUUGAGAAACGACCAAAAUGUUUUCCCCAGCGGCUGGCUGUACCACUUUGCAUUUCUACCAGCAAUGAAUAAGCGUUCCAGUUUCUCCACAUCCAGAAUAUAGAUAACCCUAUGUUGAGUGAAAACCGCAAGUUUCAGAAGAUUACAUACAGAUUGAUGCUACUUUUAUAAAGCUCAAAAUCAAGCAAAACUAAACAAUGUGUUAUAGAGGCAUGGAUACUAAAGAGAUAAAAACUAUACUUUCAAAAAUUUUAAGGGAAGGAAAAACAGAAAAUAUAAGAUGUUACCUCUUGUGGGAAGGCAGGAGGAAGGGAUAACGGAAGCACAUAGUAGAUAUAAGUAUAAAUAAAUUAUUGUUAAUGUUCUUGGGCUGGGUGAUAGAUUUAUAAAUGCAUAUUAUUGUGCUUUAUUUUUUUAAUUUAUAUACAUAUUACAGAAACCCUGGUGGCAUAGUGGUUAAGUGCUAUGGCUGCUAACCAAAAUAUCAGCAGUUCGAAUCCACCAGGUACUCAUUGGAAACUAUGGGCAGUUCUGUCCUAUAGGCGCUAUGAGUCGGAAUUGACUCGACAGCAAUGGGUUUGGUUUUUUUUUUUUUAAUAAGUAUUACAUAUAUUGUAUAUAUCACGUAUAUUUAUAAGUAUCAAAUAACACGUUUAAAAACAUAAAGGAGGGGGAGGGGGACAGCCCCUGAAGGACUUACUAAGAAUCAGCGUCCCAGGCCCCACUUGAAUUGAUGAGAUUUAGUAGGUCUGAGUGGGGUCUGUGAAUCUGCAUUUUAAAUGUCCAUAACUUCUUCUCAGCCUUCUUUUUUUUGCAACGGGACUCCACAGCUCUUCAAGUCUUAAGGUGGAACACAUUUCUCUACCCCUUGAAAUCUGGGCUUGGCUGAGUGACUAUUUUGGCCAAUGAUAUAGCAAAUGUAACACAAGCAGAGACAUGAUUUGUGAAUUGGUGCUUGCCUUCUCUGACUGCACCUGGAAUCCACGGACCACCAAGUGAUUGAGCUGGCUCUAGAGAACCCAGAAGUCCCACCCGUUAGCCAGCCAGCUCUAAUUUCCUGCAAACUGACUGCAGCUGCAUGAGUAGUCCCCUGCUGAGAUAAACCAAGCCUGGCCCGAGCCCAGCCCAAAUUGCCGACCAACAGAAUCAUGAGCUAAAUGAAGGGUUGCUGCUUUAAGCUACAAAGUUUUAGGAAGGUGUGUUAGGUUGCAAGUGUUAAGCGAUACAGCCAGUAUAUGGAACAUGAAAAUGGAACUACUCUGGCUGAAUCUGCUCCCUAAGUCAUUUCCCUUAUGUCUUCUGUAGCAGCUCCUCUGUACCAGCUCUUUGCCACCCAGUUUCCUUCAAUAACCAGGAAAGAGGAGCUACUUCUCUACUUUUUCCAAAGCCUUUUGUUGAAGAGAACACACUGAAGGCUGUGCAGGUUUAGCAUAGAGCCUGAAAACCUUUCCUCCUCUAGUGUCCCCAUCUCCCUCCUUCCCUGCCUCCCACCCCAUUCAAUCAUUCACUCUUCCUUACAGAAAUCAUCUAACUUCAGUCUCUAACCACUGGUGUUUUGCAAAUGUCACAGCCCUAGGCUCCUUUCUUUUCUGCCCAGCUGCUGCUACUUUUCCACAGAGUGAAGAAAUGGGCUUUAUUUCUGUGGAUCUAUGAAUCCCCAGGGAAGUGGGCAGAACUCCAGUCCCAUGAAACAGAAGGGAAACUUCCACUCUGGGCUACAGCUGGUACCCUCCUAAAAAAAAGAGUAUCUAAAAUGAAACAUUUCUCACCACCACUGAAUAAUUGCUUACUCAACAAAGGUACAUGAAAACUGUCCUUCCUCCUAUGAACAUAACCUGGACUCCAUUACUCUGACCCUUUGCCUUUUGCAACAAGGGAGUAUUUAUACCCUCCCUGCCUGGGCAUUCUUCAUUAACUUGAUGACAAAGAGUAGCCCAAACACUUUCUCUCUUAAUUGGGGGUAGGGUGGGGCUAGGUGGGGAAGUGGCAAGUGAAAGCCUUAGUGUACCCAGCCACAGGAAGUAAUGAAUAUAUUUUGUAGGGAAAAUGGAAAGCAGGAGAGCUUGAGAGAUUAAUAAGAAAGAAAGCAGUUGGCGGAGCUUGAAGGGUAGUGUUUUGAUUACAGAUGCAAAAAAAAAAAGUUUUUUUUUUUAAUUUAUUCUGUCAUUAUGAAAGUUUUGAAAUUUCAGAAGUUACAGAAAAAUAAAAAGAAAAGAAAAGCUCACCCAUUACUUCACUACCCCAAGACAACUGAUAACCACUGUCUUAGUCAACUAGUGCUGGUAUAACAGAAAUACCACAAGUGAAUGGCUUUAACAAAGAGAAAUUUAUUCCCUCGCAGUUUAGGAGGAAAGAAGUCCAAACUCGGUGUUGGCUCCAGGGGAAGACUGUCUCUCUCGGUUCUUGGGGAACAUCCCUGUCAUCAAUAUUCUCCUGGUCUAGGAGCUUCUCAGCACAGGAAGGUCCAAAGGACGAGCUCUGCUUCCAGUGCUGCUUUGUUGCUGGCAUGAGGUUCUCCUGUCUCUCUGCUCACUUUUGUAUAUCUCAAAAGAGAUUGACUUAAAACACAACCUAAUCUUAUAGAUUGAGUCCUGCCUCAUUAACAUAACUGCCUCUAAUCCUGCCUCUUUAACAUCAUAGGGGUAGGAUGUACAACACAUAGGAAGAUCAUAUCAGAUGACAAAAUGGUAGACAAUCACGCAAUACUGGGAAUCAGGGCCUAGCCAAGUUGACACACAUUUUUGGGGGGGACAUAAUUCAAUCCAUAACAACCAGUGUUAACAUUUUAGUGUUACUUCUUUGCAGGCUUUUCUCUGUACACACUUUUGCACAGUUUUGAUCAUUGUUUAUGCAGAAUUUUUGUGGUCUGCAUUUUUUAUCCAAUGUUAUAGGACUUUUCCAUGUUGGAAAAUUCCUACCUUAAGGCUGUAUCAUAUAUACGUGAACAUGCCCUCAUUGUUGAGAAUUUAAUUUUAUUUUUUCUGUGUUAUAAUUAGGACCUCUGUGGAUAUUAUUUUUAGGAGGGGUAUUAUUACAUAUACACAGGAAAGUGAGCUAGGAGGCUAGGCUUAUUUUAAUCCACAUGCAUAUGCAAUUGAUCCAGUACCAUAUACUAAAAUGACCGUCCCUUGCCCCUGAAUUGCACUGGUAUCUUUGUUAUAAAUUAGGUGAUGAUAUAUGUAUGGGUCUGUGUCUGGAUUCUCUAUUCUGUCUCAUUAGUCAAUUUGUCUAAUCUGGGGCCAAUGCCACGCUGUCCUAACUGGAAUUUAUAGUAAGCCUUGCUAUCUGGUAGGAAACCCUGGUGGUGUAGUGGUUAAGUGCUAUGGCUACUAACCAAAGGGUCGGCAGUUUGAAUCCGCCAGGUGCUCCUUGGAAACUCUAUAGGGCAGUUCUACUCUGUCCUAUAGGGUCUCUAUGAGUUGGAAUCAACUCAACGGCGCUGGGUUUUUACUGGGUGGUAUUAUAAUUCUUCUAAAUAUAUUCUUCUUCCUCAAGAUUGUCUUGACUAUUCUAGAUCCUUUGUAUUGCAUAUAAAUUUUAGAAUUAGCAUUUUAAUUUUCACAAAAAAGUCCUGCUGGGAUUUUGAUUCAGAUUGCAAUGAAUCUCUAAAUCAAUUUGGGGAGGCUUGACAUCUUCACAAUAUUGAAUCUUUCAAUCCCUGAACAUGGUACAUCUCUUCAUUUAUUCAGGUUGUCUUUAAUUUCAGUGCUUUACAGAUUUUAGUAUAGAGCUCUUGUACAUUUUUCAUUGGAUUUAUUCCUAUUUUAUUUUUAUGUUAUUGUAAAUAUUUUUACUUAAUUUCCCAAAUGUUUAUUACUAGUAUAUAGAAGUAUAAUUGAUUUUUGUUUAUUGAGCUUGUAUCCAUCAAAACCUUGGUAAAUUCACUAAUUAAAUAUAAUAGUUUUGUUAAUGAUUUGAAUUUUUUAGAUACAUAACCAUGUCAUCUUCAAGUAAUCACUCUUUACCGCUUCUUGUCUUUAUACCUUUUCUUUCUUUUUCUCACCUUAAUAUGGUUUUUAUCACAAUGUUCAAUAGAAGUGGAACGUGGACAUCCUUGUCAUAUUCCCAAACUCAAGGAGAAGGUUUUCAAGAUUUUACUCUUAAGUAUUAGCUUAGUUGUAGGUAUUUUUUAAUUUUUUGUGGAUACUCUUUAUCAGAUUAAGCAAGUUCCUUUCUAUUCCUAGUUUUACCAUGAACAGGUAUUGAAUACUUUUUUCUUUAUCUGUUAAGAUCAUCAUAUAGUUUUUCUCUUUGUUCUGUUAAUGUGGUGAAUUACACUGAUUGGUUUUUGGAAUGUUAAACCAAUCUUGCCUUUCUGGAAUAAACCUCAAUUUCUCAUAAUAUGGUACAAUUUUUAUAUAUUGAUGGGUUUGAUUUGCUAAAAUCUUUAAGGAUUUUUGCAUCUGCCUUUAUGAGAAAUAUUCGCCUGCAGUUUUCCUCUCUCGUAAUGUCCUCAUCACGGUUUCAUAUCAAGGUUAUGUUGAUCUCUCAGUACAAGUUGGGGAGUGAUCCCUAUUUCUCUAUUUCAUGUAAGAGUUUAUGUAAGAUUAACAUUCUUUCUCUCUUAAUUGUUUGGAAAAAUUUGCCAGUGAAGCCAUAUGGGCCAAUAGUUCUCUUUGUAGGAAUAUGUUAAAUUUCAGAUUCUUUAGUAGAUAAAGGGCUAUUCGUAUUUUCUGUUCCUUCUAGUGGUAGGUUGUAUUUGUCUAGAAAGUUUCCCGUUUUAGCAAAGUUGUCAAAUUUACUAAGCUAUUCUCAACACUAUCUUGUUAUAUUUUUAGUAUCAGUAGGAUUAAUAAUGUCCCCUCUUUCAUUCCUGAUAUUAAUAUUUGUGUUUUCCUUCUUUUUUUCUUGGAUAAUCUUGCUAGAGAUUUGCCUAUUUUAUUAAUCUUUUUACCGUUCAAACUUUGGCUUAGCUGGCUUUCUCUACUGUUUGUCUCGUAUCUGUUUCAAUGAUUCCCACUCUUCAUUAUUUUUCUUUUUUUUUCAUUUAUUUUAGGUUUAAUUUUUUAAUUUUCUUUUUUGCACUUAAGGUAGAAGCUUACAUAAUUGAUUUUAACUUUUCUAUUAGUUGCAUUUAAAACUAUGAAUUUUCUUCAAAGGCCAGCGAAGCAGGGGCAGGGGUUUGGGAACCAUGGCUUCAGAGGACAUCUAGGUCAAUUGGCAUAAAUAAAAUCUAUUAAGAAAACAUUCUGCAUCCCACUUUGGAGAGUGGUGUCUGGGGUCUUAAACGCUAGCAAGCAGCCAUCUAAGAUGCAUCAAUUGGUCUCAACCCACCUGGAGCAAGGAAGAAUGAAGAACACCAAAGACACAAGGUAACUAUGAGCCUGAGAGACAGAAAGGACCACAUAAACCAAAGACUACAUCAGCCUGAGACCAGAAGAACUAGAUGGUGCCUGGCCACAACCAGUGACUGCCCUGACAGGCAACACAACAAAGAACCCCUGACGAAGCAGGAGAGUAGUGGGAUGCAGACCCCAAAUUCUCGUAAAAAGGCCAGACUUAAUGGUCAGACUGGGACUAGAAGGACCCUGGAGGUCAGGGUCCCCAGAUCUUCUGUUAGCCCAAGACAGGAACCAUUCCCCGGGGCCAACUCUUCAGACAGGGAUUGGACUGGAAUAUGGUAUGAAAAAUGUUACUGGUGAAGAACGAGCUUCUUGGAUCAAGUAGCCACAUGAGACUGUGUUGGCAUCUCCUGUCUGGAGGGGAGAUGAGAGGGCAGAGGGGGCCAGAAGCUGCCCGAAUGGACACGAGGAGAGAGAGUGGAGGGAAGGAGUGUGCUGUCUCAUUAGGGGAAGAGCAGUUAGGAGUGUAUAGCAAGAUGUGUGUAAAUUCUUGUAUGAGAGACUGACUUGAUUUCUAAACUUUCUCUUAAAGUACAAUAAAAAUUAAUUUAAAAAAGCUUUCACUUAAGGCACGAUAAAAAUUAAAAAAAAAAAAAAAAAAAAA